GUCUUACUAUCAAAUACAUUAGUGGAUGUUCAAUGGAUGAAUGGCACUGUUGAGCGGCAGAUUCCUGGUUACAUGUUGAUUCCUCACGAUCCUGAUCUCGAUCAACAAGAUCACUUACCCGGUGUUAUCGUAGCCCGAAAAGAUGUACAAAAUGCAGAAUCUGUAUUUGGAUUAAUUCUGUCUACAAAUCGUGCGGAGCGGUCCUGUGUUGUCUCCUGGUUUGAACGAACCAAAGACUCUGUUAAAAACCUUGGUGAGGAAGAAUGUCUUUUGUUUGACAUCAUGCCUCACCCGCAUUAUAAACGAUUGUUUAUUGGAAAUUAUGGUGUGGUACUUGACCAGCAGCAUUCGUCCAACGAUAUCCGAGACGUUGCAUUCCAAGUGGUUGCCGAUUUAGCUAAUGGAAAGCAGCGUAUUAGAUUUUUGAAUGGUCGCGAGGAGGAGCUGUGGCCUUUUGACAUCUUGCCUAUCCAUUUUGUGGAUGAGUCCCUUGACAGUGAUAGUGAUGAAAGCUCUACGAUAAGCGAAAACGAGACACUAAAUGAUGCCAAUAAGAAUGGUGUCACGUUAAAAGCCAUAGUUGAAAUCCUUGAAAGAUUUGGGAUUACUGAUGGUGACAAGGAUGAAAACGCUCAUCAUCUUGCAGUUGAAGAAGCCGUAAAGUCUUUUAUCAAAUCUUAUCCGGAACUCGACGAUUACUCUAGAAAACGAAGUUCGAAUGAUCCAGAAGCGCGCAAAACUCAAGUCCUUUUUGCUGGUUGUGUAUUAGAGGUAUUCAUGACUCUUUUUCCAGGAAGUUUGGACAUUUUUGUUGUUUUUACUGUUUGCACAAAUCUAGGCAUCUGA